GGCCACGUGAAGUGGUGCGUUCUUCCACAACUCUCGAAAAUGUCGACCCUCGACGGCGCGGUUAACUCCACGUGUAGUGUCUGCCCUUUCGUCGAGGCCGAAACGACUUUUCUCGCCACGGGACGAGAGUCGGACAAAUCAGGGGAUCAAAGGCGACAAGAGGGACCGCUGCUGUCAACAGUUUUACGCGACGAGUGUCGUUAAGAGUGCUACUUUGAUCACGAGUGCUUCGUUCAGACGUCUUCUUGUACAGUUGCUGUUGACCGCGACAACAAAUUGCAAAUAUUUCCAUUUAUUUAUUUUAAUCGUCGCUUCGACGCGACGAUUUUAUCACGAUUUCAGGAAUCGUAGUUGCGUGCCUGUACAAAAUGAAAGUUUCUCGGCUUUGGAGGAGAGCGUGACUCGCGGAAAAAUUGCGAUCACUUUACGCGGGAAGAAAACUAACGGUUGGUUAACUAACGAUCGAUGGACAUACGCGCGGAAACAUGCAUUGCUUCACGAUUCUGCGAUACUGAAUGACACUGCGAUCAGAAUGCCCUUUGCAGGGGAAUGGUGCAAAGUAUGGAUUUAUUUCGGAUUCGUUUUCGCGUGGGCAAAGGGUGCACGUCCACGCUUUGACACAUCCGCGGACAUGGGGUUGGUUCUAGUUCCAGCGGAUGCUGAGGUAGACUCCGUCAUUUUUCGACUUCGCGCCACCGACCAGGAUGCAGAUUUCCCGCUCGUUUUCGAAGUAACCGCUACCAUCACACCUGUUGUGAGGAUCGACAACCUACCGUGCACGCUGUACAACAAAGUGUGCCAGGCCAAUGUGAUUCUAACGAAACGACUAGUUGCCGGACGCCUUCACGAUUUUGCAGUGAGGGUCCGAGACACGAAGGGAGACUCGAACUCGAUGCAAGCCACCAUUUCUGUUACGAACGCGACCACCCCCCGUGACAAAAUAUUCCCGCACAUACCCUCGCUGAUAAUGGUACCCGAGGACACCAAGCCUGGUAAAGAAUUAGAUUAUCUUCUUGUAAGGGCUAAUUCUUGGAGUGGAAAACCGGUUUAUAUAGAGCUCUGGCAACCGAAAGAGCUUUUCACGAUAAGGCAACGGCAGACACCCACGCAAACGCGGGGAACAAUUGUGUUAACCGGAGAGCUAGACUUCGAAACGCAAUCCAUGUACACCCUCACCAUGUAUGCUACGGAUCCGUACACCGAGCAGGGAAAAGACACUAGAAACAUCGCUGGUUUGAGCGUCGUCGUGAUCGUACGAGACGUUCAAGAUGUUCCCCCGAUUUUCACACUGGCUCCACCCCUCACGAAGAUCAACAACUCUGUACAACCUGGUGAUAUAGUACUGCGAGUGCACGCCGAGGACGGGGACAAAGGUGUGCCGCGUGAAAUCGUGUACGGUCUCGUGUCUGAGGGCAAUCCCUUCACGCCCUUUUUCAACAUCUCGGAAACAAACGGUGAAAUCAGCCUUGCAAGACCUUUGGAGGAACUCACCCAAAUCACGCACGUCGGAGCGCCCGUUGUUCUCACGGUGGUUGCUGAAGAGAUAAGAAGAAGCAGAGAAGAACCUCCUGCCCAAGCGACGGUUGUUGACGUUGGUUUUCUCCUCGGGGAGCCGGGGAACAGCCCGCCAUACUUCGAGAGCGAUAAUUACAUCGCGACGAUAGACGAGAAUCCGGAACCGGGGACCGUGAUCAAUUUCGGCGAGCAAUAUUCGGCCAGAGUGAAGGACGAGGACAUCGGGAAAGCCGGGGUGUUCGCGUUGAAAUUAGAGAACAACAACAACACGUUCGAGAUAAGUCCAACGGUGGCGGAACGUACCGCGGAUUUCAUCGUGACAGUUCGAGACAACGCGUUCAUCGAUUACGAACGAUACAAAGUUCUGUCGUUCAAGAUCGUGGCACAGGAGGUUGGCCCAGCCACGAACCUGUCGGCAUCGGUGCCGGCCACUAUCUACCUAAGAGACGUUAACGACAAUCCGCCGAUAUUCGACGACGAGUCGUACGAAGUAACGUUGUCCGAGAACGUAACCGCAGGCUCGCGCGUGAUUCAGGUGCACGCGACUGACAAAGACACAGGCGUUUACGGGAGUAUCCGAUACACAAGUAUAGCUGGAGAAGGCAGCGAAGCUUUCAUCAUGGACCCUCACACGGGGUUCAUAACUGUCGCUAUGGGCUCUUCGUUGGAUCGUGAGGUCGCAGCGACGCUCUUACUAACCAUCGAGGCUCGAGACGAAAAUGGUAACGGGAAUAGCGGCGUUGUUCCUUUGAUAGUCAACCUAAUUGACGUCAACGACAACGCGCCGAGGUUCGAAAGGGACGUCUACGAGUUUAUGUUGAACUCUGACCUGACUAACUUCACGUCCCCGGCUUUGAUAAAGGCGAUCGACGACGACGCGGAGCCACCGAACAACGUGGUCAGAUACGAAUUAAUUCACGGGAAUUACGAGAACAAAUUCCACCUGAACGAAACGAGCGGCGAACUGACGCUUCUGUCGCCCAUAACGAAAAUCAGGCGAAAGAAGCAGAGCUCGUACUCGAGGAAAGUUGCAACGAAAUUGACCAAGGAUCAACGAGAGACGCGGAGCGAUUUGUUGACAUUUGUAACUGCGAACGUCGAUGUCGACGAAUCGUCGACGAAUAAUCGAAAUGGAAGCAACGCGGGAAAUUUGACGAAGGUGGUCGCGAAGAAACGACGGAGACGAGCUGACAAGCCUGAUGCACUCUAUACUCUCACUGCCAGAGCAUACGAUCUAGGUGUGCCGCAUCUUUCGAGCGUGGCGAAAAUACGAAUUCUCAGUGGGGCCGCGAUGGAGGCACGCAUAAUGAUGUUCGUAGUGCCAGGAGAGCAGCCAGACUCGACCAAGACUGCCGAAACUUUAGCUGCCAUUACAGGUGGUCGAGUCACCGUGUUGGAAACACGACCUUACAUUCAACAGAAUUACACUGGGAGUACAGGGAUUCCGUCUGGAGGAGGAAAAAAGAGCAUUGUCGUGGCGCGCGUCGAGCAAACGGAACCAGGCACGUCUCUGGUUGACGUUGAAAAGAUUCGAGAAGCUCUGGCCGCGAACGGAGUCGGGAUCAUUGGCGGUAACGCGAUUAUGAACACGACCAUGCACGUGGAAAAUACGAAUCCUCCACCUGUCGUUGGAACUCCCCGUGUCAAUGACGGUCAAACGACACUUGUUAACAAUACUAUUACACAUGUUCAUAGCGAAGAAGUGACGGUGUACAAAGCAGAAAACAAAUUAUUAAUCUGGCUUCUGGUAAUUUUGGGUUUACUCAUGCUUUUGGCAAUUGCCGCGUUGAUUAUCUGUUGCAUAUGCCCUGGAUGUCCGUUUUACAUGGCACCCAGGAAAAGACGGGUACAUUCCUCGGAAACGUUGGUCGUACGAUCAGACUUUGGCAGACCAAAGCGACAUCUUCAUCGGCAACCGGCAAUAGCCGCCGAAGUGUCGUGGAAUGGGAGGAAGCAGGCGUGGAGCGCCGACCCGACUAGGAGGAACUGGCAGUUCAAUAAGAGGAACGUGAAGAACUGCUCGCUGCCUGGCGACGUUGCCUACGUCGCUUCCGAGCUACGUCAGCCGAGCGACCUUCGGAUGACGAUCGAGGCUCAACAACAACGACUGAGGGACGGCGCCUCGAGGUACGAUCACUCGAGAAGAAGCAGAAUGAACGAGCAAGAGAGAAUGUACAUGGAAGACGUGGAGGAGCAAAAAGCUAGGAGAGGUUAUCGUACCGCCGAGUUGGAUUCCCUGCAGCGGCACGAGGUGGAGAGAGGCUCCGACUUGCAACACCAAGCUUACAGACAAAGAUUCAUGGAGCCCGACGUGAACAGCGAGGAGCCAACGGUCAGAGAGCAACACUUUUACCGCGAAGGUAACGCCGAGGUGCUGCGAUUGGUGACGCGUGGACAGCUGGAAGACACGAGCCAUCUUCAUCGUCAAGCGUCGCACCAUCACCGGCCGACGGCCAUGAUCGUUGAUGGUAAGGACAUAAUUCUGCAAAGAUUCAUCGAAGACCAGAAGUCAAGGCACGAGUUGUCGAUGCAGGACAUCGAGGCAGCUCGUAGCAUGGAAUCGCACCAGAGAUCGAAAGAAGUAUGCCAACAGCAACAACCGCCGGAGAUAAUCCUGAUACCGGAGAGACUGGACCAUCACGGUCGUCACAGGCAGCACCAGCUGUCCUCCCUCGAAGAGAUAGGGCCGACCGUGCAGAGGCUCGUGAUCGACCACGGUGAUUACAGCUCGCAAAAGACGGCAGAGAGAGAGUCUGAAAUGCGGGGGAAGCAAGAGAAUGCCGACGUGCCGAUCUCUGACAAGCCGCCGAUUCCUGACAUUCCCGUCAAAGAGCAGCGAGUCCAACCGCCGGACGACGCACGGUACUCGUUCCACGAUUUGGAAUUGGCUCGACAGAACGCAUUGUUGACCCGGUUGCUGCUCGAGAGGGAGAGUCGUCGAGCAGGAGGUGGCGGGAUGGACUCGACCAGUUACCUGGAGACCCAGAGCCUGCCCGGGCAGGUGGCGAUCGCCACUCAGACCGACAGGACAGCGGCCACGCAGACGGAGCGUCAGGCGAAGAGCAGAAGCGACAACGACGAGUCCGACAACGAAGAGUCUAGACAUAGAAGGAGAUUGAAAUCGAGGAAGAGGUACGGCGACGGGGAUUGGAGACGGUGCCGAGCGCCGUGGACCAAGUCCUCGCCGAUCGAGGAGGAGGCGAGGAGGAGCCCUUGCUUCGACAAGCGUCUCAGCAUCCUGAGGAAGAAGGUGAGAGAGGUGAAGGAGGGCAGGAAGAUCUCGCUGGAGCCCGGCGUGCUGCGGGAGAUCUCGGACUCGUUGGACGGGAACGGGAGCUCGUGCAAGGGCGAGGAGAACGAGACGACGAGGCGCAGCUACCAGAAGAGAACCGAGCAGACCAGCAUCAGUUACAAGAUAUUGAACGAGAAGGAGAGCGGCUCGCAGUCGAGCGAGGAGAAACGUCGGGAAAGCUGCGGGGACGAUCGAAAGGUGAACGCCGCCGGUGACCAGUCUGCUUCAUCGUCGGAGGUCAAAGAUCAACGGGAGAGACGCGAGAAGAGUCCGCGAAAGGAGGCGAGAUCGAAGAAGACGCAGAGGAGAACGGACGGCGCGACAAAGCCGAGUUUCCGGAUCCUCGAGAAGGAGUUCACGAUGCUGACGAAGAAACUGAGCAAGCUGGGCGAGAGGAGGAAGUUUCAGGAGAGCACUGGCAGCACCGACGAGAAGUCGGAGCGCUCGUUCGCGAAAAAGACGGAUUCCUCGAGCUCGCAGAAACAAACGGCCGAGUGUGCGAGCGCGUUGAAAGCGGAGCAAAAGGGCAAACAGAGGAAAGACUCGGCGAUUGCCAAGACGAAACAGAAGCUGAAGUAUCAGCAGAGUCAUCAGGUGAUGAGCACGGGGAGUUCGGAGUUGGACGACGGCCUCGACAAACCGAAGAAAUCGAUCGUGAAACAGAGACCACCGAUCGGCGGCCAGAGCCACGCGAAGGUGAAACGUCAGGCGCAAGUCGAUCGACGAGAAUCGAAGAGACAGAGCACGCUACCCGAGUAUCGAGACGAAGAGGUUGAAAAACGAAGAGAAGCUGCCUCGAACGACACUCUGAAAAUGGAGCCAAAGUCUGACAAACUCGUCAAGACGACGACGACGACGACGACGACGAGAGCACCGAAACUGGCUGUUGUGUCACGCAAGCAGAACGUGAGCGAGGAAACCAGCACCAGCGCCACCGAGGAGAAGAAAGACGAAGGUGGCACGUUCCCUACGCGAGACCUCGCGAAGAAGAGCAGCACCGAUCUAUCGGAGGGAGAUUCGUACGCGUCGAAUCGAAGAGGUGAUUCCACUAUGCGUCGACGCGAGGCGGAAACUUUGCCGAAGAAAACAAUUCCGCAAAAGUUCAGCGACGACUUUGUCGAGGAACCAAAGACAGAAAUCUCUGCUGCGACAGAAGAGAAAAAGGUGUCGGAAACUGAACCGAGGACGCAGGAUUCGUUUGACAAAUUUGCGACGGGUUUGUCGAAAGAUGCGAGUACAAAGAGAGCGAUCGAUGACGCUGCGACUCGCGCCGAGGGGCAAUUAAUUACAGGUUCAACUAAGAAAGAGACACGAACAGCUCGAGAUCGACGGAUCGAUAAAACUUCGUGGGGGACAGAAUCUACGGAGAGUGUAAAGCACACCGACGAAAUGGUGACGAAAAAAGAAGAAAUCGCGGGGAUAGAUAAAUCGAUGAGCGAGACUGAAAGAGACGUGGCUCGCCAUGUACAAAGAGAUUACAAAGCGAAGGGCGAAUCGUUGGAUGAGGAGUUUGGGAAGCGGUUUGAAAUUACAGCUACAGAUGGAUGGUUGAAAGAGAAGGAACGAGAAGAAGAGAAAAUGAAAAAACUUUCGAAAGAUCUUGGAUUCAGAGAAAGUGUCGCUUUGGAAGGGCUUAACGAGACAGAGGCAGCUUACAAAGCACGAGAGACUCCGACAGGAGAAAAGAACGCGCAUAUAUCGCCAGAUUAUGUUGAUAAAGAUAAGGAAAUUAUGCUGGACGAAGCUGACGUGAAGGGAAAGGCAGAGACAGAGCCUGAAGUCAAAGAUCACGUGAGCAAAGAGGAAGAACGAAUAAAGAAAAUCGAAGAACCUGAAAAAUAUGCAGAAACUGAAAUAUCGAGCGAUGGUACGACUGGUGACUCGGAAGUAUGUAGGAAAAAAGAAAUAGAAAUAAACGAAACUGAUCGAGAAGAGGAGAAACAAAUAGCACACACGAAAGAUGUUCCAACGUCAGAUUACGUUGCCACGGAGGAGAAGGAAAUUGAAUUCAAUGUUCGAGAUGAAGGAAAGAUCGACUUAAAUGCAAUAAAAGUCCCGUACGAGUACGAGAAAGAAACUUACGACGGGAAAGUUGAAGGAGAUGUUCUUCUAGACGAGCGGGAAAAGUACGAGGACGAAGACGUUGAAAAAAUGAGAUCUACUUUCAGGGAUAAAGAAAAGAGUAUUGGCGACGAGGAAAAAGUGGUCGUUGCAAGAGACACAGUUGAAGAUUCUGAGGAAACAGUUGAAAUAACUGGCGAAGAAACGUUGGAGAAAAUUGCCACAGAAUCAACCAGAGAUCGACAAGUCACUAAAGACUUGAAGACAAGCGAAGAUGAAAAAGCUGACGAAAAAGUCACGGAGGAGUUUAGAAUUUCCAAGGAAGCGACUGCGGAUAGAAAGAUUACCGAAGAAACAACUAAAGAAACGAGAAACGGUGAUAAAAUUGCUGAAGAACUGUCUGCAGAACGUGAAAUUAUCGAAACGACCAAUGAAGAACAAAGUGUUGAAAAAGAAGAUUAUCAAACAACUGAAAGAACGUCGUCUGAAGAUGAUGCAACUGCUGGCCAUCUUGGCAUUGUAGCAAAAACCAUCGACUUCAUCGAAAGGGAAAAAAUAUUCGACGAAGAAAGGACAAUUUGGACAGGGAUUGAUACCGAAGGAGAAACUGUUUCUUUAGACAAAGUAGAACGAUCCGAUGCUGCAGACGCGAGAUCAAAUGAUCAAGAAAGUCAAAAGAAAAAAAGUUCUCCCAAUGGAAAGGGAAUUUCCACGAAAAAAGAAGAACAAGUUGUUACUGGCGAUCGCGAAGUUGGUAAAGGAGAUGUUUCUACUGGCAAAGAAAAAGAGAUGGUAAUUGUAGAAAAGAAAGGAGCAAGCAGAGAAAAGGAAGGAAAGGAAGCGAGUGCUGUCGACGAUAAAGAAGAAAAACUGACUGAAAAAACUAGUGACCAUCGGACUCGAGAAAAAGAAACUAGCAAAGGAACACGAGAAACUGACGAGGAUCGAGUCAGUGACGAGAAAACUGCAGAUAUCGAACAGCAACUUCUGACUGAGGAGAAGGAUCACACGUCGACGAUUCGCAAAAAUGACGAAGAGGAAAAAGACGAUUCGUUAAAAAUGUCAACCAGUCAUCGUGAGAAGCAAGACGAAGAGGUGACAAAAGUUUUAAUAGAAACUCCCGUGUCGAUCAGUGACGACGUAAAAGAGGAAACACCAAUGAAAGUACCAGGUACAGACGAUCACAUUAAAAGAGACAGUGUUUUUUCAGGAGCGUUCAAAGUCGUUCACUCGUUAAUCGACACAUCGACGAAUGGCAAAACACCGAGCUCUGAAACAGAGGCAGCAUUUUCCGAAAGAGAGAAACCUUCAACUUCCCGAAUAAAUGGCGGCCCCGUGACAUCGUUGGACCAAGGAAAGGUGAAAGAAGACACGGAAGAAGGUAAAAGUAUCGACUUGACAGGCAAUAACAAAGUAGCAACUAGUUCGACAAAGGAUACGAAGGAGAAAUCCGACGAGAAUGGACUGGUGUCGACUGACGAACGAGAAAUUAGCGAAUCAUCGAUGGACGACGAGAUAAAGGACACGGUAGCGAAGGAGCUGCGGGAAGAAAAGCCGGCGGAGAAAGUUGCCGAGGAUAAUGAAACGGUAGAUGAGAAAUUAGCACGAACCGCCGGGAAAGGGGUGGUGCAGUCGCCGAGCGAAGCGAGCGAGGGUGGAACUCGGCCGCGACAGACGUACGCGAGGGAAGAGAAAGAGAAGUUUGCGCCUGAUUCCAUUAUGUCGGAAGUUACGACAGAUUCGGGGGGAACGUCCGAAUCCGGGAAGCAAUUGAAGUCGGAGAGCGAGCAAACCGAGUUACAAGAAGUGGAGCAAUUCGUUGGGGGAGAAAGUUUUGCGGCGACGGAGGGAGGCGAUGUUGGUGGAGUGACAACGUUUCCGGGGAAGUGGCCAAGUACGAUGGUGUCUGACGUACCUGGGACUGCCGGCUGGGAAUCGGAUAAUAAGCACGAUCCGAUUGUGCUGAGAACGGACGAAACGUCGCUGGCGAAGGAAGAGAAGGAGGAGAGACCCGGGUUCGUUUUUCUCGAAGGACAAUCGACAGACGUAAGCCUUCCACUUUUUACGAGCGCGAUAGAUACGGCGGAUGAGUCUGAGGACAGUGAUUCAUCGAGUGAUGUUUCCAGGAAGACAACGUUAACAACCAGACCGUACCAGACGCCGCGACAUCGUGCCCGGCGACUCUCCGAGAAAGAAACUAGCCGAGUGGACGAGCUAACCGAGGCGCGAAAAGACGGAGAGACGGAAGACGAGGACUCGUUUCGGAUAAUCGAGGAUACGAGCAUGGAACGAUCUUCUCCGGCGAAACUGAGCGAGGAAUACAAAGAAACGGAAGAAGAAUUAGCAUUAAGGGAAACAGAUACAGAAGACAAAGAAACAGCUAUGGAAAAUAUAGAGAAAGAGGAGCAAGUGGAAUUCGAAUGUGAUUCAGCGACGGAUAAAGGAUCGUCGACCGCUGGAAAGGAUGAACCGCUGAAAGAUUCGAGAACGAAGCCUGGAAUUAAAGCUGACAGACAGGAUGGUUCGUCAACUUUGGCUUCCAAGCUGGCGAAAACCGAGACUUUCAAAGUUAUAGACAGAAGAGUGAAAGAGCUGGGAAGGAAACGGGUGAUCACGCAGAGAAAGAAGAAAAGUUCCUCCGAGGAGUCUUCGGAGGAGAAAGCAGCUCGCUCCUACGACGUAGCUGGACACCGAACGCGCAGAAAGCUGCCAGAAGACCAGCCGAGGCAAAAGGGUCAAAGCGUCGGCCAAACGAAACAAUCGGAAAAGAGGGACGAGCGAAAGCGAUCCCUGUCGAGAUUGAAAGCUGAGAGGGAGAAGAAGUCGCCGAGCAGCAGCGAGAAGUAUCCAACGCCGCCGAAAACCGGCGAGAUCGGCACGAGCAAGGCUCAGCCGAAGUACAUGGCUUGGUACAAGAAGAACCGAGAAGAAAUGGAGAGGAAACGGGCCGAGUUGCUGGCCACCGACGACGAGGAGCAGCUGCCUCGAUGGUUACGAAGGAGCAUGAGAAAUCAAACAUCUGAAAAGGAGGAUAGAAAGGUAGAAAAGUCGAGCCAGAAAAUUGGUGACACGACCCCGCGAACGAGACGCAAGAUCAAACCCUUGGUGAACGUCGAGUCUGAACAGUUGAAGGCCAUAGUUCGCCAAGGGAGGAAAUUAAGGAGAGCCGAGGGCGGGAAAAACGAGGAUCCACCGGUUCAAAUAUUCGCGACGACGCCGCCUGCGGUCCCGCAAGAUCCUAAACAUCACUUGCUGCAGCACUCCGAGUACAAGUACGAAAAGAUGCCCGUACCGUUUUAUCUUCAUCCUCCACCGGCUCCUCAUCCGUCCCCGCAGCUGUCGCCGGAACACUUUGAAAUUCCGCCAACGGUGGAACACCGUACCAGCGACGAUUUCGACUCUGGAAUAGCCGUGUCGUUGCAACAGGGUGGCAACAGGUUGCGACACCAGCAAUUGUUGGAGAAGAAGAGCGUGUUCGAUAUCGCGUACAGCGAGGCUGCGCCCUCUCAGCUACGUUCCGACAGUACUUCACCACCGUCGUAAACUAUGUUAUAAUUUAAUGACUGUUUGUUUUUCUAGAAACGUGUACACCUAAAAUGUGUCCAGCCUAAGAUUUCUAAGAUCUUUUCAUUGGCUAACAAAAAUUUGUGUCGAGGAUAGUACAUAGUUUACGUAUUUCUUUAUUCAGUUCGGUGUAACGUACGUUACUUGUGAGGAUAUUAAAGCCUCUUUUAUGGUGAAACAAAAUACUGAUUGGGAAAAUUUUAUUUAUGUCAAUUGAAACAAUAUGAAAAUUUUUAAGGAGAACACUGAGCCUGUUUUCUUACGUACCAAGUUCGUCAAUAUGUUCGCAAAUAUAAGUACUCACCAAAAAGAACAUCGUCAACGUUCAUGGUUAAAAUUCAAAUAAUAAAAUUUUUGUUUCAAUUAUUCCAAUUUUGGUUAUAUAGUGCAGGCCAAGGUUGGACACGGCUGGUGUAUAUUUUUUCUUUGUUGUUUAACACUGGAACUACCGAGGUGACCGAAAAGAUUAAUUUCGUAAU